AAAUUAGAUAAAACUAUGAGUUCAUCUCGACCUCGUAUAAGAAAACGGUUAAGCGGCGCUGCGAAUAGGAAAAGAGCAGCAGAAAAAUUGAAAAAGGUAGAAGAAGUUAUGUCAAAAACUGCUAAGCUUACAACUUUUUUCGAGAAAAAAGAAGAGGUGCAGUCUUAUGAAUCGAAUUAUUUCGGUCACAAACAGGAAGCCGCAAUGUCAACAAGUACUCAAAAAGGUGAUGCCAAUAAAUUUAAACUACCGAAACGAUAUGAAGGAAGUGAAAAAAGUGUUUGGGUUGAAUAUAUUCAGCUAGCUUUAGACCAUAAACCACUCAAUCUUGGACAAGGAUUUGCUGAUUUUGCUCCACCAGAUUACAUCUCAAAAGCUUUAGCUGAAGUAUCCACUGGAGAGAAUGUUUUGUAUCAUCAAUAUACUCGAGGAUUUGGCCAUCCUAGAUUAGUAAAUGCUUUAUCAAAAUUGUACUCUCAAUUGAUUGGUCGCCAGAUUAACCCAAAUACUGAGAUCCUUGUAACAGCUGGCGCUUAUGAGGCGUUAUAUUCAACAAUUGUUGGCCAUGUUGAUGAUGGAGAUGAAGUCAUUAUCAUCGAACCAUAUUUUGAUUGCUACGAACCAAUGGUGCUCUCCGCUGGAGGUGUUCCUAGAUAUAUUCCACUUAAACCAAAAAAAACAUCUGGAGUUAUUCACUCUUCCGAUUGGGUAUUGGAUAACAAUGAAUUGGAAAAACUAUUCAACGAAAAAACUAAAAUGAUUAUAAUAAAUACACCGCACAAUCCACUAGGAAAAGUAUUUACCGAAAGUGAACUUCAAGUGAUUGCCGAUUUGUGCAAAAAAUGGAACGUUUUAUGUGUUUCCGAUGAAGUUUAUGAAUGGCUGGUGUAUAAACCUCAUAAACAUGUUCGAAUAGCUACAUUACCUGGCAUGUGGGAACGUACAAUAACUAUUGGAUCGGCUGGUAAAACUUUCAGUAUAACUGGAUGGAAGACCGGAUGGGCUUAUGGGCCGGCAAAUUUAAUGGUGAAUUUACAAAUGAUUCAUCAAAAUUGUAUUUAUACAUGUAAUACUCCGUGUCAAGAAGCCGUAGCGAGAGGAUUUGAACUUGAAUUAAAUCGAUUAGGUUCUGAAGAGAGUUAUUUUAAAACUCUACCUAAAGAACUAGAAGCAAAACGUGAUUAUAUGGUUAAAUUUCUCAGUGAUGUUGGUAUGGUGCCAACAAUUCCAGACGGAGGGUUCUUUUUAGUAGCCGAUUGGACUCCUUUAGAGAAGAAAGUUGAUUUAACUACAGAAACAGAUCGGUAUAAAGACUAUAGAUUUACAAAAUGGAUGACCAAAAAUAUUAAGUUCCAAGGUAUCCCACCAUCUGCAUUUUAUAGCGCACCUCAUAAACCAUUAGCAGAAGAUUAUGUCAGAUACUGUUUCAUAAAAAAAGAUGAAACAUUAAAGGAAGCAGCAGAAAUUUUGAAGAAAUGGUCAACUAAGUAAUAAGUUAUUGAAUAAAAUAUUUUUUAUCAAAUACGUAUUUUUGUAAAAUAAAAAGUUUACUAAACAGAAAUAAAACGGACUACAGAUCUAAUGUUAA